UCUCUGAAAGGAAGAUGUCUCAUGUUGUGAAGAAGCGAAAAUUGGACAAAACCCGUCAAGAUAGACUUUAUUUCAACAGCUACACAGAUGUGACCAUCCACGAAGAGAUGAUCGCCGACUACCAGCGGACCAACACGUACCGGACCGCGAUCCUGAGGAACGCCGAGCUGAUCCGGGGCAAGGUGGUGCUGGACGUCGGUGCGGGAACCGGCGUUUUGAGCAUCUUCUGCGCACAGGCCGGAGCCAAGAAGGUGUACGCCGUCGAGGCGUGCUCCAUCGCGGAGCAGGCGGCGAGGAUCAUCCGCCAGAACAACCUCCAGGACCGCGUGGAGGUGAUCCGGGGCACGCUGGAGACCGCGGAGCUCCCCGAGCAAGUGGACGUGAUCGUCAGCGAGUGGAUGGGCUACGCGCUGCUCCACGAGUCCAUGCUCAACUCGGUGCUGUUCGCCCGGGACAAGUGGCUGAAGCCCGGCGGCCUCAUCCUGCCCAACCGGGCCGAGCUGUUCAUCGCGCCCAUCAACGACCCGGUGGUGGAGGACCGGCUGAACUUCUGGUACACGGUGGAGGAGCAGUACGGCGUGGACAUGUCCUGCAUGAGCAGCUUCGCCCAGCGGUGCAUCAUGAACUCUGAGAUCACGAUGAACACGGUGUCGGGCCAGGACGUGCUCUCGCACCCGGCGCGCUUCGCCGAGCUGGACCUGCACACCGUGACCGCGGAGGAGCUGCGGUCCGUCCGCGGGCCCUUCCGCUGCGAGGCGUUCGGCUCCGCGUCGCUCGGAGCCUUCUGCGUGUUCUUCACGGUGACCUUCCCCUGCCCGGACAACAAGCCCCUGGUGCUCUCCACGUCCCCCUUCAUGCCCGAGACCCACUGGAAGCAGGCGGUGCUGUACCUGGACGCCCCGGUGGAGGUGGUGCAGGACACGGUGGUGGAGGGCGAGAUCUGCCUGUUCCCCUCGGAGGAGAGCUCCAGACACGUAUGCAUCCACGUGGACUUCACUAUAGGAGAGGAGAAGAAACAGGGCAAGACCUUCUCCAUCUCGGACUGGAGCGCCGAGGCCCAGUCUUAAGACUGUAGUUUACUGGUUAGUCUCUGUGGGUUUACAGACGAGGGCCACCGGUGUGGUCAUCCGUUAUUUCUGUCAGGUAAAACCGUUAGAUCCCCACUGGUUCAGGGGGAUGAAUGAAGGGGCUGCAGCAGACUCCCUGACCCACAGGCCUCAUCCAUACUACUACCUCUUUGUUUGAAAACGCAUCAGCUCUGCCACGGUCCACACUCCUCUAACAGUUUAGGAAAUGCUGCUGCCCCUGUUGUGAAGUUAAAUUCUGCUUUUUAAUAUGAUACUGCAUCUUUAUAGGUGAAGAAGACACGCUUUUAUUUGAGCAAGUCCCAUUUACACCAGCACACGCAUCCCCAGUGUUACACAUGUGAUGUGCGUUGUCAGGCAUGUUGGUUUGAACGGGGAUUCAAACCGUUCUGGAUCGGAAACGCUUGUGUGGACAGAUUGUUUUUGUUUGUAAAUGCAGUUUUCCAAUGGAGAUGUGGUGGUUAUGGAUGGACCCACAGACUCAUGCAGCAGCGACUGUCACCUAACCUGUGAACUGCAGCACAUGCAGUUCAAUUGAAGCUUUGAUGUUGUGUUCCUGCCUAAUAAAUAAUUUGACACCUAAA